AGUAAUGUAUAUUGUUUUCUUGUCGUUUACUCUAGACAUGGUAUGACAACUACUUUCAUCACGGGGUAGAAGUGAUACUCUUAUCAUAUAGUACAUUGGAAGAAACAAGAAUUGCACAGAUUAUCUUCAUCUCAGAAAGCGCAUUGUAAUCACUAAUCAGACAGAAGACUGAAGAGGACACACGACUGACGACAGUGUGCACUGUGCAGUCGUACAGAUUGGGAGUGUGUGACGUCUUUUACGAAAAUGUGGUUGUAGAAUUUUUAUUGUUGUUCCUUGGAGGGGUAAUGAAUGUGAAAGUGGUGUCACGUAUCAGUUUACGUUUUGCGAAUUCCAUUCACUCGAGAAGUAUGGUGAAGUUUAUUGGCCAAGAUGAAGCAAUCAACAUCGAUCAAGAACUGUUUAAUGACUAUAAAUUUAGCGUUGACCAGUUAAUGGAACUGGCGGGAUUAAGUUGUGCCGUUUCAAUCGCGAAGUGUUAUCCGUUAGAACGAAUUCAGACGAAUACCGUCUUAGUUUGUUGUGGUCCCGGAAACAACGGCGGUGAUGGUCUUGUUUGUGCAAGGCACUUGAAACUUUUUGGUUACUGUCCGUCCAUCUUCUACCCGAAGAGAACUGAAAAACAGUUGUAUCAGAAUUUAGUGGCUCAAUGCCAGUCCAUGUCGAUACCAUUCUUAGAGUCCAUGCCACCUACGAAGACAGUUGAUGAAUAUGCAUCUGUUGUUGAUGCAUUAUUUGGAUUUAGCUACAAGCCACCCACAAGAGCAGAGUUUGUGCCAGUUCUAGAAACUUUAAAGCAGACAAAAGCACCAAUUUGUAGUGUGGACAUCCCAAGUGGUUGGAAUGUCGAAACUGGUUGCCCGACCGACGGCGGUAUACAGCCAGAACUUCUAAUUUCCUUGACAGCUCCGAAGAAAUGCGCCCAGCAUUUCUGCGGAAAAUAUCAUUAUCUCGGCGGUCGAUUUGUUCCUCCACCUUUAGAAAAAAAAUACCAACUCGAUUUACCAAAAUAUCCGGGAACAGAGUGUUGUGUUAAAAUUGAGUGAAUUGUGUUUUCUUGUUUUCUGUUAGGGUUCAAGUUGGAGGGUAAAUGUGAUGCUAGAUAAGAAAAGGUCAUCAUUUUCACAUUUAAUCUUUUGUGUGAAAACUGGCAGUGGAACUGAAUUUACUGUAUGUUUAUGAAAUGCUUCAAAAAAUUUGUUACAUACUUGCUAUUAAAUGACAUACAUACAGAAUGA